AGAACCGGGAACUGGGGGAAACGCCUUCGCAUCGUACAAUACGUUAGUGAAAAUAUGAAGGUGGAGGUAGGAAGGCAGAACUGUUCCAAGGUGACCCGACCGUCCCUUUUUAAUUAACUUAUUCCCUUCUGUUCUGCUCCACUUGUCAUACAUAUUCCUCUCCUUCCUCGGCUCUCUUCUCGUCUUCACUUGCCACGAUCACACUCACCCUCUCUCUCUCUCUCUCUCUCUCUCUCUCUCUCUCUCUCUCUCUCUCUCUCUCUCUAGACGCCAUAAGUUCUUCACCGCCUGUUUCCGGAACAGAAGAAGAGCAACACGACCCGCAAGAACCUCGCAAACCAUCCCCUCCCCCAUCCCAAUAUGGCUAAUGACAAGAAAGGCGAUUCCUCCUCUCUACGUCGGUCCGCGCUCGCGGCCAUCACCAUCUUCCUCCUCCUCGCCGGCGUCACAGCCCUCAUCGUCUUCCUCAUCUACCGCCCCCAGCGGCCACAGUUCUCCGUCAUCGGGGCCGCCGUGUACGAACUCAACGCCACGUCGCCGCCCGUCAUCUCCACCACCAUGCAGUUCACGCUCCUCAUCAGGAACCCCAGCCCGCGGGUCUCCAUCUACUACGACCGCCUCUCGGCCUUCGUCUCGUACCGGAAGCAGGCGAUAACCCCGCCGGCGUCGCUGCCGUUUCUCUUCCAGGAGAGGCGGACCACGGUGGAGCUGUCCCCGGUGCUGGGCGGGGCGGCGGUGCCGGUGGCGGCGGACGUGGGGAACGGGCUGGCGGUGGACGAGGCGUACGGGGUGGUGGGGCUGAGCGUGGUGGUGAUGGGGAGGUUGAGAUACAAGGCGGGUGUAAUAAGGACGGGGCAUUACGGGUUUUAUGCGAGGUGCGAUGUGCUGGUGGGUUUGAAGAAGGAUUUUGAUGGUCAAGUGCCUCUGCUGGCCUCUCCUCCAUGCAAAGUCGACGUUUAAAAGGGUGUUUUCACGUGAAAAAGUCGAUAAACUAGGCCUUGCUUGUAAUAAAGUUUUACAAGCUCGC